GAAUACAUGCAAUCAACUUACGAUGCUACGAAACAACAGCUUGAGGGGAAAGUGACUCUCAGAGAAAACGACGAUGGCUGAUUCUUCACCUUUGCCCUUCCUCCCGCUUGAGGUUAAGACGCACAGCGGUCAUGCGGGAUGUAUCACACUCACCCCCACGGGAGAUGUCCUCUAUAGCCCUCACCCGUCGAGCGGCCGCGGCAUCUUCGGCUGGCUCUCUGGCCUUGUUCGCCCCAACAAAAAGCAGCUGAUUCCUGGGGCGCACCUGAUUGGCGCCAAGCUCGAGACGCCAUGCCGGUUCACGGUGUGGUGGGCACAGCCCUACACCAGCCGCACCGGCUGCGUCACCAAGCACCGGUUCAAGGCUUGCCACUCCACACGGUUUGAGACGCCGGACACCGUGGCUGCACAGGCGCUGGUGGAGUACCUGCGGCGCCGCGCCAGCUGGUGGGGCCGGGCCUCGCCGCCGCACGUGGCCGCCAUCGUCAACCCGGUCAGCGGCAAGGGCUCGGCGCAGCGGCUGAUGGAGGCGCAGGUGCUGCCGCUACUGCGGGACGUGGCGGGGCUGAGGGUCACCGUGCACGUGACACAGGCUCGCAUGCACGCGGCGGAGCUGGUUCGAGGCCUGAACCUCAGCUGCGGUAGCAGUGCGGCGGAGGGAGCCGCCGGUGCCGCCGCGGCCUCGGGGUCGGGUGCUGCACCCCCUGUGGACCUGAUCAUGUUCGUGGGCGGGGACGGCACCUUGUACGAGGGCCUGCAGGGCCUGUUCCAGCGCCCCGACUGGGAGGCGGCGGUGCAGUGCCCCAUGGCGGCGGUGCCGUGCGGCAGCGGCAACGGACUGGCGGCCAGCGCGGGGCUGUGGGACCCGGUCACGGCGGUGGUGUCCGUGUGCCGCGGCCGCACGGAGGCGGUGGACGUGGCCAGUGUGCUGCAGCCGCCGGGCAACCGCUUCUACUGCCUGCUGUCGGUUGUGUACGGCUCCAUGGCCAACCUCGACAUCGGCACACAACAUCUGCGGUGGAUGGGCGAGCUGCGCUUCCACCUGGGUGGGCUGUGGGAAAUCAUCCGCGGCCGCCUCUACAACUGCCGCAUCUUUGUGCUGCCGCCAGCCGGCGAGGGGGCCGAGCCGCUGGCACGCGACGGCAACGGUACCGCCGGCACCGGCGCCGCCUCGCCCCAAGCAGUGGUCAUCACCUUGCCUCAAGGGGCGACUGAGGACACGGCGGCUGGCGGCGCCGGCGGUGCAAGCGGGGCUGCUGCUGCCAGCAGCGGCAAAGCCGGUGGCGGCAUGCACGAGCGGCUGCUGCCGGCGCGCCAGUCAGCGGGGAAUGCGGGUGGCGGUGCGGGUGGACAUGUAUCCGACUACCCUGCAGGGCCGCCGUUGCCGCUGCUGGCCUCGCUGCCCGGCCUGCCGCAUCCGCUGCCCGACAGCCUGGAUAGCCUGCCGGCGGGCUGGCAGCAGCUGCCGGACUCGUUCGCCAUCCUGGGCGCCUACAACACGCAGUACCUGGCGCUGGGGGCGCGGGCAAACCCCGGCGGCCGAAUGGGCGACGGCGCCUGGGACGUGUGGCACAUGGCGGCAGACGGCGGGGCUCACAGGGGCAAGCGGGCGAGCGGCGGCGUGCGUGCGCGCGCACUCAAGGUGCUACUGGGGAUUGAGGACGGCGGCUUUGCAAAGUCGCCGGGCGUGAUGCGGACAACCAAGGCUCGCGCGCUGAUGUUUGAGCAACGCGACUCUGCGACGUGGACGGUGCUGGAUGGCGAGGAGGUGCCCAACCUGCCCCUGUACCUUGAGGUGCACCAGGGCAUUUGCCGCCUGCUGGUGGCGCCGCUGUUUGAGGAGCUGGAUUGAUGGUGCAGGCGUGGACCUGGAUGCGGGUGGUGGUUGCAGCAGAGCGGCGGACGGGGCGGCGUGACUACAUUUAGUUGUGUGCGUUUGCAAUGACCAGCACUUCAGUACAGACCGCUGCCGCCCAGUAGUGUGGUGAUGUGGUCCCGUAGUGAAGGCGACACUACAGAAGGGUGAGCAUGGAUGCCAAGAUCAAUGUUGGCGGAGCUGGACUGAUACGCGCUGUAAUGUACCGGCAUUGGAAGGUUCUGCUGUCCGCUAGACAACAAGUCGCUGCCACUGGCGCGGGUAACCCAGACCAUGGCCUCUUCCAUUAGGAGGGUGGGAAUUUCGGGGAUCGGCUAUUUUAAAGUGGUUGUGACGGGCCGUCCCAGCUCUGCUGGAUACCUGGGCGGGGCAACCGGAUGGCUGGGGCGGGGCGUCCCAGGUCUGCUGGAUGGCCUGGCGGGGUCCGCUGGAUGGCCCGGUCGGGUCGGCCCGGCAGUGUUGGAUAGACGGGCGGGACCUGUUGCGCGUCCCGGUCGGGUCGUCUCCCGGUAGGCAGGUUACGUGGCCGGGCAUUGCUGGAUGGCCCGUGCCGGCUGGAUGAAUCUCCGACCCG